AUGCCACGUCCUCCAUCGCCUAUGACUGGUCCGCUUCUUCUACGGCUUCACCAACGCAGUCCACCCCCCAACUCUCCACCUCGUCUCACUUCCCGCCCUCGUCUACUUCACCUACUGCCCAGUCAUCCUCGACUUCUUCGGGGGCUGCGUCUACACCUCCGCGUGACCCCUCCCCUGCUCCCGAGGAUCUUGCUCCACCACCUCGUCGAUCCCAGCGUGCCAUCAAGGGAGUUCCACCUCUAA